CUCGUGCCACUGCCUCGACACAUGAAAUAUGCGGGGCCAAGCGGAUUGACUCGUCUUCUUCACUUCUUUCUUGAUUGUUGCUGGCUGCUGGUGCCUCUUUCCACGUCGAGAGAUUUGCACGGUGCAGAAUGCCUUGCGCUCGAAUGGUCGGUUGGUUCCGAGACCUGAGAAGGUGUUUUACUGUGUCCUUCUCAUCACCUUAACAAUGACGGACACACAACUGCCGGCAACUGGCCUCGCUUGAGCCUUCCCCAGUUUUUCAUCCCGGCGGCGAUGAGAUGGAGAUGGAGCACGAGAUCAAGCAGGCCACACAACUCCUCCAAGCCCAGCGGGCGGUCGACCGCGAUGAACAGCCUCUCGCCUGGAUUCGGAACCGCUUGUCAUCCCAGGCUGGCACGGUAUACACUCCCCGCGAGGUGAACAAGGUCCUCGCCGAGGUCGUCGAAGCCGAUGGCUCGGUCGGCGUCGUCAAGGCUCUCCUGGCUCUGGGCGCCGACGUCAAUUUCGUCAGGAGACGGCAUUCCAGCACCUGGAAUAAGCUCACCCACCGCAACCAGCCGAGCGAGAGGAACAACAUCCUCAUCCGAGCUGUUACUCGAUGUCGGCCCGAAACCGUCCACGCGAUCGCCGCCCACGCCGACCAGGCCAAUCUGGACAGCGCCCUUCACCACGCGAUCGCUAGGGGUAACCUGGCCGUCGUGGCCGCCCUGAUGGAGCAUGGUGCCAGCCCCGUCCAUCUCCAUGAUGACUUCCAAGAGAUCGUCUUCCACGAUCAGCUGCCGCUCCUCAAGGUGCUCUUAUCGGGUCAUCAUCUACCCUGCCUGGCCUGCCGCUCAACAGGUCUUCGAAUCGCCGUCGAGAACCGCUCCGUGGAGGCCGUACGCCUGCUUCUCGAGCACUGGGCCGACGUCAACUACGGCGACGCCGUCGCACUGACCCGGGCUGUCGAGCUGUCGCGCCCUGAUCUGGUCUCUCUGCUUCUCUCCGGUCCAAUCCAACCCUCAUCUCGCUCUCUUGAUGCUGCCGUUGGGAAACUCCGACCUUUGCUUGGAGACCACGAGACUGGGCCGAAUCGCGAGAUGCUCGAGUUAUGUCUGGCCGCGGGCGCCACCGGACCCGAAACCAUCCGUCUAGUCACCGAGGGUCUUAUCGACCUCGUGAGGAGGCGGCAGACGCAUCUCAUCGGUAUCAUUUUGCGGUACAAGAGAGCGCCGGGCCAAUUUGAGGCCGCUGCCCUCAUCGAAGCGAUUCGGGCCGAACACAUGGAUGUUGUGGCGAAACUGCUCGAGUUCAAACCAUCCUCUACCAGCCUGGCCAUCGCCAUCUCGCAGACCGUCGGGGUAGGCGGACCGCAGUUUCGCUACGAAGCAACUCACCUCCUGAUCCAGUCUGGUGCCCGGGGCCCCUGUGCUGGCGAGGCCCUCGCCAAGACAGUUCAUUGCCUCGUUGCCAACGUGAAGCGCGGCGACAAGGCGAGCAUCGAGCGGGAUACGCGCCUAUUUCAUCUCCUCCUUCACGAGGGGAAGGCAGACGUAGACUGGGGAAAAGGAGAGGCUCUCCAGGUUGCGGUCCGAUCAGCCUCCGUGGGACUCGUCGAGGAGAUCUUGGCCAAAGAGCCCUCGCCCGAGUCGCUGGGCACCGCACUAAAGUGGGCUAUGGAUAUCCGGGAUGGGAACAAGAAACAGGUGCUCGUUGAAAUGCUUGUUCGCCGCCGAAUCGACGAGGAUGCCGCGGGGAAGGCGCUCGUAACGAUAUUUAAAACAGAACCUGGCAACGCGCCUGUCGUCGAGCUCCUCCUCACGCGCGCAUCAGUCAACUAUAAUGAUGGCGAGGUCUUCAUCCACGCUAUUCGGAACUUCCGACCAGAGACCUUCCAUCUGCUACUUGGUCAGGGCAUCGGCUAUAAGGCACUAUUCACUGCAGUCACGGAGGGAUUGAAAGCGCCGAGGCCGGAUCGAAAGCUUCUUUUCGGAGACCUUGUGGCGCGGAUGCAGCUCGAUCAACUCAACAUAGCGCUCAAGCACGUCGUGUUGGAGCACGACAGCGAUCUGGACAUGGCGAGGAUGCUUCUCGACUCGGGCGCAGAGCCCGCGUACGAGGAUGGACUAUGCAUCAAGCACGCUGCUUCAAUGCUCAAUCACGACCUGCUCAGUCUCCUUUCGGCAUAUUUGGGCCAGCACAGCAGCAUCUACACGCAAGCGCUCGCGGCCAUCAUCAGUCGUGGCAAGCAAUGGAUCGCCUUCGAGCACGUCGAGGUGAUCAACAUCCUGCUCCAACAUGGCGCAUCUGGACACAUUGCGGGCAAAGCCAUGAUCGAUGUCGUUGACCAACUUGUCUGUCAACCGUCCCGAACGGACCUCGCCGAUACGUUUCUGCGCAAAAUGUUCGCCGCCAACGUUGACGUGAACCACGAGAACGGCAAGGCCAUCAGCAUUGCUGCUAGCCGCGGAGACCCCUUCCUCCUUCGCUUGCUGCUGGCCAACGGCGCUACCCCGUCAUCCGCCACCCUCGCACUCACGGCGGCCAUCAUGGCCCAUCAUGACGAGCCACUGCUGCUCCAAAUUGUUGGCGUUCUCUCGGAACAGAAGACGGCCGUACCGGACUUCAACAGAUCCAUUCCCGGAUUGCCGCCCCCCAUCUUUCAGUGCCUAAAAGCAUACGGGCACUCGGUAGUGGUCCUCGACAGCUUGGUUCGAGCCGGAUGCCGGCUAGAGACGACCGUCCCCAUGCAAGUAUUUUCACACAAUGCCCGAGACAGGCAGGACAGGUCGGUUAGUUCGGAGAUGGAACCUGUAUCGGUUCUCAUGUGGGCCUUGCUCCAAGAAGAAGGCCUUAUCAGCUUGCCUGUCAUAGCGGCUCUCAUUCGUCACGGGGCUGAUCACUCGUACACUACACCACUGUCACGGACGACACCGCUUCUAGUGGCAGCAAAGUCUGGCCGAAUCGACAUCGUGCGGUUGCUUCUGGAGUCGGGAGCAAGAAUCUCGGUCAAGGACGCCCUUGGUCACUCGGCGCUCUUCUAUGCCUCACGUGCCGGGAAUGCGAAGCUAGUGGAACUUUUGCUGGGAAGCAAGCCGCCAUUAAACGACGGCAGCUUACACGAAGCCUGCCGCGGGUUCCACGUUCGGGUGAUGCAGCUUCUCCUCAAGGCCGGUCACGACGCCAACUUUAGGUCGAUCAAGCACGGCGGACGCACGGCUCUGGGAGAAAUUGCCCUACGGGCCGCUCCCCCGGCCGACAUCGCGAUUGCGGAAGAAGCGCUCGACCUCCUCGCGGCCGCAGAAGCCAGCCCGCUUCUAAAAGUGGACGGGAAAACGGUCAUCUUCCUCGCUCUCGACAACGAACAUAACGAAGCCAUCACCAAACUGCUUCUUGAACGGAUGCUCUACCGGACACUCAACAGCCUGGAAAACACGUACCAGCACGGUACGCUCCACUACUCGCCGACCAUGUACAUCGCCAAGGGUAUCCUCCUCGGCCCUCCGUCGGAGAUCCUCCUGCAACUGCUCAAGGCGCACGGCUGCGAGGACCGUUACUACGCCACGAUCGAAGAGACGCAGCCGCACGAUGCGGUCGGGCUCCCCGAGGAGAUCCGGGACUACGAACGCGAGAGGCGCGCCCGCGAGCGCCAGAGACGGCUCGUGGAAGAAGAGCACGCAAGCGCGAUCCGCCGCGAGCACGAGAAGGCGGCCGCGGUCGCCCAGCUCGAGGCCGACAAGCACCACCGCACCGUCCAGCAGCGCGAGGAGCUGUCGCAACAACAGCGGCGGCACCGCGGGCUCGACCACCACCAGGCGAUCCAGAUGAAGGCCGAGAAGCAUCACGCCGAGGCCCAGAUCAAGCUCAGCGCGGCCGGGGUGCACUCGAGCAUCCGGUGGCAGAAGCACGCCGACGACCUGGCCAUGCAGGCCCAGAAGCGCGAUGCGGACCUCGCGCACCGCCAGGCGUCGCACGAGCAGCGGGUCGAGCGGCGGCGCGACGAGGCGGCACUCGAGGCCGGGGUGGACGAGCUCCGGCGGGCGCGCGAGCUGGCGCACGCGCGUGAGGAGCAGCGGCAGCGGCUGACGUACGAGAACCAGAAGAUGGUGCAGCAGUACGAGAUGCUCUGCCGGCGCAGGCAGCUCGAGCGCGAGGCGCUCGACGCCCGCGUGGCCGUGGCGCGCGAGAAGCACGAGAUGAAGAUGACGGAGCUGCGGUCCCACCGGGGCAACAUCAUCGGGCAGGUCAACCUCGAGGAGCUCAGGCGGUGGCAGGAGAGCGAGCGGCGGAUGAAGCUGGGAGCGGCACCGAUUGCCGUCGAAGGCAAGAAACUGUUGGCUUGAAUUUCUUUCUUUUUUCUUUUUUUGCCUCUCUCUUCAUCUCUCCUUCUCU